UUCCUCCACCCAUAUCUUCUCUUAUUUCAAUAAAGCUUAUUUAUAUAUUACACUUUACCUUCUCCUCUCUUUCAUAUCUCUCACUCUCUUGGUUCCAACUCCAAUCGCAAUUCUCUCAACUCAGAGGACCCAAUUCAAAAACAUCCACAUGAAGAAAUUUAUAUUGAAGUUAGACUUGAAUGAUGAAAAAGACAAGAGGAAAGCUAUGAAGACGGUUGCAGCAUUUUCAGGGAUUGACUCGAUCACCAUAAACAUGAAAGAGAAGAACCUGACAAUCGUUGGCACGGUUGAUCCAAUAAGUGCCGUCAGUAAGCUCAGGAAACUCUGGCCAACGUAUUUAAUAUCUGUAGGACCCGCUAAAGAGCCCGAACCCGAAAAGAAAGAGGAGCCGAAAAAAGAAGAAGAAAAGAAAGAUGAGCCAAAGCAAGAGGAAAACAAAGAAGAACCCAAAAAAGAAGAGCCUAAAAAAGAAGAAGCCACAAAUGAAGAAUCUUCAAAAGAAGAAGCCCCAAAGGAAGAGCCUAAGAAAGAAGAAGCAAAGAAAAGUGUCCCACAAGAGCAAUCUGUAGGGAUGCUUAUGCCCUAUAAACCAUAUUACCCUCCAAUGCAUACCUACUACAACUAUCAACCACCAUUACACCAUAGCAUAGAGGAGAACCCAAAUGCAUGUGUUAUUUGUUGAAAUAAUUAGCAAUUAAGAAAAUGUUUUUAAGGGGUUUCUCCAAAUCUUUUAAUUGGGUGUAAUUUGUCAAUAUGCAUUAUCUUGGUGCACAAUUUAAGGCAAAGAUAGCCCGCAAAAAGUGAGAAAACCUUUGUGUAUAAAAGUGAUAUGCUUUUGAUAAAGUUGUAUACCAUGAUAAUAAGAAAUUUUGUUUAUAUUGUUCGUAA